UGCUUUGAACGCUCCUUCAUUAUCUUCACCUUUUGCACACCAUAAUGUCGCUCUCAGCUCCCACUCGUAUCCUCCGAAAACCUACUCUAUCCCGCCAGUUCUCAACUAGCCUUCCUGUUCUUGCCUCUCGUGGCUCCUCAAAACCCGAGGGAUUGGGCGCUCGAUCGAGGCCUUGGUCAGUGCAGAACGUUCCCAAGUUUGCAUUUGACGACGCCACAAGUCUGGGAUGGAUGAGGAUGUUUAGGAUCCAGGAAGGUGAAGGAUUGGUGAGGAAAAUCGAAGAGGACAGAGAGGCCUUAAGAACUGCCAAUCAGACCAAGUUCACUCCACCCACCGCCCCCAUACGUUUGACAUCCACUAUUGACCUUGCCCGCCCAGACUCGCGUUACCAUACCAAAUGCGUUCUUCUUGUCCCCAUUGCCGCUCUUCCGUUGUCCACGCCAGAAGCUGUUCACAGGUUCAAACUCCUCGCUGGGCCGAGGUGGACUCCCGGGAAACCAGGGAGAAAUGAGUUUAUCAAGGAUGAGAACAGUGACGGCGAAAAUGGUUGGAUCAAGGUUAGUGAGGAAAGGUUUGAGAGUGCCAGACAAAAUAGGAGAUCGGCGUCGGAUAUCUUGGAGAGACUGGUCAACGCUGCCAAUGACCGCGAGUCUCCACUCCCUGCUGACCUUCCAAUUGACACUCGCCAUCUUCUUGCCCGUCACAGGAAGAAGCGGUCUCGUCAGAACACUUUCAAAUGGGCUCCCGGACAAGAGUUUUUGUCUCGUCAUCAAGAAGUUGGUGGCGUACGUGGCUUCCCUGUCAGUUGGCUACCGGAAGAACUCAGAGAAAGAGUUUCCAAGAAAUAAGCGUUUAUAAUGCAUUUUCUCUAUCCACCUUAGCCUCAUCAACUCUUUUUGAUGUCCGCACUCUUGUGUUCAUUUUAUUAUAGGGUAUUUUCUGGCAUCACUGGACGGGAAAAGAAGAAAACCGAACGCGCAAUCAAGGACACUGUAGUCUUCUGAAGUAAAGAAGGCUAAAAGAAACACACAUUGAAAGCGAGGCUUUAAACGUGGGAAGCACAAGAUAUAUACAAAUAAGUGAGCCAACUACGAGAAGACUCCAUUAAUAGAUUGAAUUAAAGGAUUAUAUAUGGACAAACAAAACUGGAAUAGCUUUACGUUCAUGCAGAGGCAGCGACAGGUGCGGCAGCAGGUGGUUGCGUAGCCUUAGGCUGAUGAACACAACUCCAAUGGCGCGGUUGCAACUGGCUGCUCGAGUUUUGGGGCCUCAGAGGCAACAACGGGUGCCUCGUUGAGCGGUUUGGUAGCCUCUUCUUUGGAAGUUUCUUCCGUGGAAGUCGGGAUACCUUCCUUUUUCUUGGGCUUGAAGAUGUCGCCAAUUCGAGCUGAGAGUCGUCGGUGAGCCUUGAGAUUAGACUUAGCCGCUUGCUCUUUGGCCUCGUCUUUUUUAUCCUCGAUCUUGUUUUCCUCGGGAGCUGGAGCAACUUCGGCUGGGGCGUCAGCAGAGGUGGCGGUGUCGCUGAAAUAAACGACGCUUAGUCCUCUGAUGCUGCUGAAUAACACAUGCCUCAACUCACAUUCCUUUGAGUGCCCCAGUGUCGGGAGAUUUGACAGUAGGCUCAACAGCUUCGAUGGGAGCAGAAGUUCCGAUGACAGGUUCCGAGGUUGUAGGGACAGACGGGGGGGCGGCAUCAUCACCUUCGGUCUCGACGGGUGCCGCAGCGGUCACUGGAUCAGCCUUCUCGGCCUGUCCAAAUGUGGAGAUUUGUCUCUGUUACCGAAGAAUUUGGCAAAGAAACCUUUGCCCUCGGCCUUGGUUUUUUCAGUCCUUUCCUGCAUUGUUAUUCAUUAGCAACACUCUUUUGGCUUUUGGCAUACUAAUUCACCUUGACUGCCGAUUUCUUUACCUCUUUCUUUCCCUCUUUGAUCUCAGAGGGCUUGGGGACCUCUUCGGUAGUCUUGGCCCCUUCCCCCGUCGUCGUACCCUCCACAAGCUUGUCAGCCUCAGUAUUGUCUACUUUGUUUCCAAGCUCAGGUCCGGGCUGGGCGGUGCCGGCCUCAGUAUUUGCGACAUCUCCAAAUACUCACUUCUUUGACGAGGGGUUCAGUGAUGUUGGGUGCAGCUACUUCAGAGACAGGUUCCUGGGCCUUGAAAAUUUCCUUGGCCUCUUGGGAAGGCGGGGUAGCCUCGGCGACAAGGGCAUUAGCAGUUUCGGCGGGGGCCUGCACAGAUGUAAUUGCAGGAAUUGAUUUGGAAGGUAAGAUGUUGAGGAAUGAGGUCAUUAUGCGCGGUGGCAAAUUCCGUUAGCGGAAGUAAACGGGAAGUUAAGGCGGUAGCAAGG